CCUCCUUGCCUCUUAAUUGGCUGCCUCCCAGAGAAGGGCUGCAGAUACCAGCAGCCAGCCAGCCGGUUCCAUCAGAGAGAGAACUGGAGUUGGAGAGAAAGAGGCAAGGUUCUGUGUGGGAGACAGCAGGCAGCAAGAGAACAAGAGUGUAUUCUGUAAAGCGGUAUUAGCUCAUUUGCCCCUUUUCUUCAGUGUUGAAACCUUCUAGGCUGAUAAGAUGAACCACAGCUCAACUGAACCGACGGAGACCAUCGAGCCACUGCGCUAUCUCAGUAAAGUGGAGGUGGCAGCCAUUGAGACAGAGCUGCUGAGGGACUACAGGUUUGGCCAGCAGCAGCUUAUAGAGAUCUGGGGACAUGCGUGCGCCAUCGCCAUCACCAAGGCCUUCCCCCUGACGUCCUUGGGUAAGAAGCAGCCGACGGUGCUGGUUGUCUGUGGUCCAGACCAGAACGGCUCUAUCGGCCUGGUGUGUGCCCGCCACCUGCGCAUAUUUGAGUACGAGCCCACAAUUUACUAUCCCAAACGUACCCCUCACACCAUUCACCAGGACUUCACGGUUCAGUGCGAGAAGAUGGACAUCCCGUUCCUGUCCUAUCUCCCGACAGAGGUGCAGUUGAUUAACGACGCCUACAACUUGGUGAUCGACGCCAUCCUCGGACCAGAGACUGACCACACAGACGUCAAGGAGCCUUACGCCGGCAUCCUGGUCACCCUGAAGCAGGUGAAGAUUCCCAUUGCCAGCGUGGACAUGCCCUCAGGUUGGGAUGUGGACCAGGCGACCUCCGAUGGAAUCAAUCCAGAGGUCCUCAUCUCGCUGAUGGCACCAAAGAGAUGCGCCACCAGUUUCACGGGGAAGCACUACUUGGCGGGGCGCUUCUUGCCUUAUGACAUCCAGAAGAAAUACGAUCUGAACCUGCCAGAAUACCCAGGGACAGACUGUCUUAUAGAACUGUAACAUCUACUUUAUACUCCCCCUCCCCCCCACCACGUCCUAAUUUUAGAUCUAGGGAUCACAUAGUCACGUUUUGUAUUUUAUAGAUUGUUACUGUGCUUUAUUGUUUAUAGGGUAUCUCUCCAAUGGCUAUAUACUGGAGCAGGUUCCGCCUUAGCCAGAAUUCACUCUGUCUGCUCUAAUACUAUAGAAAUAUGAUAUGUAGAAUGUGCUGUGGGUCUGAGAUGUCUGUUUUGGAAAUGGUUUGAGGAGUUUCCAUGUGUUCCAGCUUUCACCUUUUUUGAUUUCUUGUUUGCCAAGUACAGAGAUGUCCUUCCUCCGUCACCAGAAACUACAAUUUGUUUAGGAUCUUUAUCACAUUGUUCUUAUUGAAUAAUUCAUUAUUUUCAACUGUUGGUCCUUGUAAUACUUAUUGAUUGUAUACUGCAGUGUAAAGUUAACUCUGUCCAAUAAAAUGCCAUUUAACAAUU